AUGGGCACGUCACAACGAUCCAUGUCGAGAGCGUGGUCCGUAAUCGGUAGAGCCGUUCGCUCCAGAACCUAUGUCAGCAGCCCGUCCCUUGUUGGAAUUCCAAAGUCGAGCAUGCUCUUUCGCAUAGACAAAGGUGGCUUCAAGAUCCCGAGGUACCAAAAUACUUACCGUCUGGAGGCUUACAAGCCCUUCAAGUGUGAGAUUGUUGAUAAAAUCUUGAUCGACGUGAUGCGGGAUUAUUUAGUCGGCUUGAAAUAUCAACCUCAGGUUUGCAUGCAAAUCUGCCAGAGAAUGUCGGAAGAAGUGCGCGACAAAAUUUUCAGGAAGUACUAUGAUCGAUACAAAGUUGUGGUCAUCAUGUCGAUCGUCCAAAAGCUAGGACAAAGCGUACGGAUGGAUUUUGGCAAAUUAUGGGACGUUCAGAGAGACACGUACUCCACCCAUGUGGUCGAGACUGCGGAAUUUGUCGCGACGGGCCUCGUCGUGGGAACUUAUUACGAAUGAACGAGUAUUUAAAAAAAUUGACGAAGAAAUUUUGUGACGAUGAUCAGCAACCAAGCCCUGGCACACAAUUUAAUUCUGAAUUAAACAGAAAUAAAGAGCGUUUUUUCAGACAAAGUUUUAGAAAAGAAAGAGUAUAGAUAAAAUUAAUCAAAAACGGAUUAAUGGAAAAAUGUACCGUACUCUCUCACAAUAUUUAAACUCAAUCGAAUGUUCGUCAAUGUUAUGCUUGAAGAAAAGAUCAUUGAUCCACAAACACACACACACAUGCACACACACAAAUCAGAUCACGUGUGUUUCACGUUUUUCUUUAUUGUUAUUAAAUUAAUAUAUAUAUCAUUCGUAUAUAUAUAUUUAUAUAUUUAUAUAUAUUUAUAUAUUUAUAUAUUUAUAUGUGUAUGUAUAUAACAGCGACAAGUACAAUGUAAUGUUAUGAUUAUUAAUAAUAAUCGAAGGGCACCGAUGAUUAUAGAUGAGAAACCGAGCAAGAUAAUUAUUUGUAAUGAUAUUAACAGUGGCAACCAUAAUAAUGAUGAUAAUGGUGGUGAUUUAAUAAUAAUAAUAAGUUGAUCAAUCUUUAAUUAAUACAGUCGUAUAUUCCCUUAAAGUCCGUUUCUUAAUACUUAUAUCGCGCUUUUAUAGAUACAGGGAUACAGAAAAAUAAUACCGCGCGGCCGUGGUGGAAUGUUCUUUUUUUUUAAGUCGUAUAUAAUAUACAUAUAUAUA